AUGGCUAAUGAAGUUUAUAUUGUAUCUGCCGUCCGUACACCAAUAGGUUCAUUUGGCGGUUCAUUGUCGUCCUUGAAAGCUCAUCAAUUAGGCUGCAUAGUGAUUUCAGAAGUACUUAAAAGAGCUAAUGUCAAUUCAAAUGAAGUGUCUGAAGUUAUUCUUGGACAGACCCUUACAGCUGGACAAGGUCAAAAUCCGGCCAGACAAGCUUCAAUAAAUGCUGGAAUUCCAAUCACUGUACCUGCUCAUGGCAUCAACAUGCUCUGUGGAUCUGGGCUGAAGGCUGUGGUUCAUGGAUACCAGUCAAUCAAAUGCGGAGAUUCUUCAAUUGUCGUUGCAGGUGGCCAAGAGAGCAUGAGUAACUCUCCUCACGUUGUUCAUUUACGAUCUAGUAUCAAAAUGGGUAACAGAGAAUUGACGGAUACGAUGAUAUGCGAUGGUUUGACUGACGCAUUUGACAACAUACACAUGGGCAUUACUGCUGAAAAUGUUGCUGAACAGUAUAAUAUUUCAAGGGAACUUCAAGACAAUUAUGCUUUUGAGUCUCAGAAACGGACAGCAGAAGCUCAAAAACAUGGUUACUUCAAAGAUGAAAUAACACCAGUUGAGGUGAAAAUAGAACGGAAUACCAUCGUAUUUGAUACAGAUGAAUAUCCAAAAAAUGACACUACUUUAAAUUCAUUAUCUGCAUUGAGACCAGUUUUUAAACCUAAUGGUGGUGUAGUCACGGUCGGAAAUGCAUCAGGAAUAAAUGAUGGUGCUGCAGCAGUACUUUUAAUGAAUGGAGAAGAAUGUAAAAAACGAGGUUGUACUCCAAUGGCUAAAAUCGUAGCUCAUGCUGAGUGCGGGGUUGAUCCAAAAAUAAUGGGUACUGGACCAAUACCUGCUGUGCUUAAGACGAUUGAAAAAGCUGGUUGGACAAUGGAUAGCGUGGAUAUUUUUGAAUUAAAUGAAGCAUUUGCUGCAAUAUCAAUUGCUGUAGAGAGUGAUUUAGGAUUAAAUUCAGAUAAAGUAAACAUUCAUGGAGGUGCUAUUGCAUUGGGUCAUCCUAUAGGAGCAUCUGGUGCUCGAGUAUUGGUUACGUUGGUGCACAUAUUGUUAAGGACCGGCAAAAAACGAGGAAUAGCAUCCUUAUGUGUUGGCGGAGGUAUGGGUAUUGCUGUUGCUGUCGAGACAUUAUAA